CUUACAUCUUACAAGUGGAGCGCUUGUGUACCACCUACAUGCGGUUGGCUCAAAGAACCUUCUCACCAAACACAAAACUUGCCCUUCCCUUCCGACGAAGGCCCGAUAAGUGUCAGGCAGGCUUGCAGCACCAGUAUCGAAGGAGUGAAUCCGAAUAUCGCUAAUGGCAUUUAGCUCAUCUUUUUGUCGUGCCGUCACUCCCUUCUCUCCUCUGCGGUUCUCUUCUCGUCCUGAGAUGCGGCUUUUAUCCUACACUUUUCACUCAGAAGAGGUCUCUGAAACUCCAGAGGCAGAGGUAGGGUUUUCGGAGGCCCCAAAACCUUCAUUUCCUUCUCUGCAGGCCUCCACAGAUGCAGACUUAGUUUCCAAGAUCUUAAUCCAACACCAUAACCCGUUCCACACAAUGGAGUCGUCUCUGCAACUGAAUGGAAUCAGGGUUACUCCUCAUCUGGUUCACCAAAUCUUAAUUCGCCUUAAGAACGUCUCCAAAAUCGCUCUUGGGUUCUUCAUUUGGGCCAAAGAUCAGGCGAAUUACAAGCAUGAUACUGCUGCCUAUGAUCUGAUGAUCGAUAUCUUGGGGAAAGUACGGCAAUUUGAUGUUGCUUGGCAGUUAAUUAUUGAGAUGGAUCAACAAAAUUUGAGACUCACUUCGAAAACUUUUGGAAAUCUGAUUCGUAGGUUAGUGGCUGCAGGGCUUACUCGGCAAGCAAUUCGUGCCUUUGACGACAUGGAGAGUUUUAUAGAGAGGGAAGCUGACCCAGAUGACUUUCUUUACCUUCUUGACACUCUCUGUAAGUAUGGAUACGUGAAGGUUGCUACAGAGAUCUUCAACAAGCGAAAAUUCAGAUUCGAACCUGACAUGAAAACUUAUACAGUUCUGAUUUACGGGUGGUGUAAGAUAAAAAGACCACAAAUGGCUGAGAAAUUCUUUAGAGAAAUGGUGGAUCGUGGAUAUGAACCAAAUGUUGUUACCUAUAAUGUUCUAUUAGAUGGGAUUUGCAGGAAGGCAAGCUUGCACCCGGAUGACCGGUUUGAGAGGACUGUUCGAGCAGCAGAGAACUUGUUCGAUGAAAUGCAGAGCAGAGGAAUAGAGCCUGAUGUCACUAGCUACUCUAUUGUUCUUCAUGUUUAUAGCCGAGCUCAUAAACCAGAUUUAACACUGGAUAAGUUAAAUCUGAUGAAGGGGAAAGGAAUUUGCCCAUCAGUGGCAACCUACACUUCGGUUAUUAAAUGCCUUUGCUCCUGCGGUAGACUCAGAGAUGCCGAAGAGUUGCUCAAUGAGAUGGUUGCUAAUGGAGUAAGCCCUUCUGCUGUAACUUAUAACUGUUUCUUUAAGGAAUACAGAGGAAGGAAGGAUGCAGAUAAUGCUUUGAAAUUGUAUAGGAAGAUGAAGGAUGGAUCUUCGUGCACUCCAACUAUGCAUACAUAUAAUAUAUUAGUGGGCAUGUUUUCAAGGUUAAAUCAGAUGGAUAUUGUGCAGGAGAUAUGGAAUGACAUGAAGGAAAGCGGGGCUGGUCCGGAUUUGGAUGCGUAUACCUUGUUGAUUCAUGGUUUGUGUGAGAAACAGAAGUGGAGGGAGGCUUGCCAAUUCUUUGUGGAGAUGAUAGAGAAGGGUUUUCUUCCACAGAAGGUUACAUUUGAGAUGCUCUAUCGAGGUUUAAUACAGUCUGAUAUGUUGAGGACCUGGAGAAGAUUGAAGAAGAAACUUGAAGAGGAGUCUAUAACAUUUGGUUCUGAAUUUCAGCUCUACCAUUUCAAGCCUUACAGGAGGUGAUAUGCCAAGGCUAGUGUGGUAGUACUCAUCCUACAGAAAGUGCUAAUCGGCUGAUCCGGUUUAAAAGGUCAUUGUCGAAUGGAGGAGGUACUGUUGUGCUGGGAGCUAGGCUAAUCAGAGAAACUAAACUGGGAUUGGCUCAAUUAUGGCAUUGCUGAGAACACUGGUAAUGAGUUCAAGCAGAGAAGAAGUUCAUCAUUGAAUCAAUCCUAAGUCCACAGAGCUGCAAGUUUUAGCUAUGGAUGUGUUCAUCGAAAAAUCAAGAGAUACUGCUUCCUCAAUUUCUUGAUAGACAGGUUUGUGAAGGACCUGUCACCCGUUUCCCUAUUCACUUGGGAUCUUAUGAGAGCAGUUUUAGGAAUUAUCUGGGGAAAUCAAUACUAAACUGCUCUUGCGUGAGAUAGUCUGUAAGAGUUUGCCAAUGCAACCACAACCCUUUUACUAUAUGCUUCAGCCUUAAAGUUAGUUGUGUGCAGAUGUGUUCCGGCCCCUGAUCAGCUUUGCCCAGGGAAGAUUGAAGAAACUAGGCUGACAAUAUUGUACUGAAGAGUAAAUUAAGCAUAUAUAGGGUAUUUUUAUAUACAGCAAAAGAAGAUUUGGACUGCAACCAUAUUUGUAAUGUAGCUGGCCUACUCACUUUCUUUCUAUUUUUUUCUUUUUUUUUGUGGUAGGAUACUCUCUUGUUGUUUAAUAUUUAUAAUAACCCGGUUACUGAAUCACCUUUAAUUC